AUGAAGAAGAUUUUUGGCUUUGGGAGUAAGAAGGGUGUGUCGCCCUUUGGCUCCUUCAUCAACCCGGUGAGAGACAGCGGUCAUGGAGUCAACUUCCAGCCCGGGUACCGCAUCCGAGACAAAGACCUCAGAAAGAUCCACAAAGCUGCCACUGUGGGCAACGUAGCCAAAGUGCAGCAUGUUCUGUUGUUUGGAAAAAAUGGCCUGAACGACAGGGACAAGAUGAAGAGGACUGCCCUCCACUUGGCCUGUGCCAAUGGCCAUUCAGCGGUUGUCACUCUGCUCCUGGAGAGAAAAUGCCUGCUUAACCUCUGUGACAAUGAAAACAGGACAGCGCUGAUGAAGGCUGUAGAAUGCCAAGAAGAGGAGUGUGCGACUCUUCUGCUGGAGCAUGGUGCCAACCCACAUGUCAUAGACAUCAGUGGGAACACUGCUCUCCACUAUGCUGUCUUUUGCCAGAAUAUAUCACUCGCAGCAAAGCUGCUUUCCUGCGACGCCAAUAUAGAAGCCAGGAACAAGGAUGACCUGACACCACUGUUACUUGCGAUACGUGAAAGAGGGCAGAUCGUGGAGUUUUUAGUAAAGAAAAACACGAAUAUACAUGCGGUUGAUAAGAAGAAAAGUGUUCACCAACUGAUUUCUGAAUAUAAGAAGAGAUCUAAAACUUCUCCUGAAAAUAGCAACCCAGUGGAUGAAAGUUCUGAAGAGGACUCUUCGAGGAGACCCCGGCAGUUUCCCAACAAACCUGGUGUUGAUUUAGGGCCUACAUCAAAUGAAGAAGUCUUAGAUUUUAAAACCAAGCAUGUCCUGAAAUCAAAGUUUAUGAAGCUAAUGAAGGCUUCUCAGCAAUCCAAGAGAAACAUAGAAGCAACAUGUGGCAUUUUGAGACCGGAGAGUACAACUCUGUCUGAGGACAAUAAUUCUGAUAGUAACGUUGAAGAUGUGGUUGAAACAUUUCCCAAACCAUCACCCUGGUUGGAGGGCAUCUGUCAUCCUGCCUUCCCAUUGCCUGAGCCUGUUUCAAAACUUCUCAAGUCUGUAGAAGGCCUUGGUCGUACCAAGGUCAAAGAACAAAUUAAUUACAUGAAUGACCUGGAUGACUUAACUCAGUCGUCUGAGACUGAUUCUGAGGAUGGUGACAUGCUUUACACUAUGAAUUCCACGUUGCAAGUAGAACCUCUCGACGUGGGGUGUAAAGAUUCUGUUAGCUUGUUGAAAAUUCAAGAUACAAUUCUGUCGCAUGAAAGAUUAGUAGAUUUUCAUAGAAACCAAAGAAGCCACUGUGAACUACUUAGGGGAGAAUUUUACAGAAUGAAAAGUAAGGUUCGUGGGCUACAGAAAGAGGUGGCAGAAACCAAAGAAGUGAAAUCACAGUUAGAGCAUCAGAAAGUGGAGUGGGAAUGAGAGCACGACAGCUUGAGAUUCACCUUAAAGCAAGAAAAAGAGAAUAGAAGAAAUGCCAAGAUGUUAUAUGAAAAAAUGAGGGAGCAUUUAAGAAGAAAAGAAGACCAAUAUAGUAAAGAAGUUGAAGUGAAACAGCAUCUAGAACUCACUCUCCAAGCAGUAGAAAUGAAACUGAACCUGAGAAAUAAUCUGAAUCAGGUUUCUGAUAGUUGUGAAGAAGCAAAAGACCUGUUAAGCAAAAACCACAUGCUACAGGAUGAACUUGCCACACUGAGACUGGAGACAGAUGCACUGAAACGUCAGCACUGGGAAAAGGAAGAGAACUAUUGUGAGGACAUGAAAAUUCUCAAAGUAAAGAAUGAUGAUCUUCAAAAGGCAAUAAAACUGAUUGAGGAAACGUUAACAAAGACUAUAUCCCACUAUCCAGGCCAGCUUAAUGCUCUGACAGCUGAGAAUAGAAUGCUAACCUCUUAGCUGAAGAACGAAAAAGAAAGUAAACAAAGACUAGAAACGGAAGUGAAAUCCUACCGUUCUAGACUGGCUGCUGCCUCACAAGAUCAUGAUCAAGGUCAGACAUCAAAAAGAGAUCUGGAACUUGCCUUCCAGAGAGGAAGAGAGUGGUUAUGCUUGCAGGACAAAAUGAAGUCCGAUGUGGCUAAUCUAAAAGAUAACAAUGAGACGCUUUCCCAGCAACUAUCUGCAGUGGAAAGUAUCUUCAAGAAGCUGAAAAUCAAGCUGCAUCACACGAGAGAUGAUGUUAGAGAAAAGACUUUGAUGUUAGAACAUGUCCAGAGAGAUCUAAGCCAAUCAGAGUGUCAAAAACAGGAAAUUGGAAACAUGUGUCAGAACGAACACGGCAAAGUGAAUACAUACCUUGGAAAGCAGAAAUCCUUAGAGGAGAGAUUAUCUCAACUCCAGAGUGAAAACGUGUUGCUCCGACAGCAACUGGGUAAUGCACAAAACAGAGCCGACCGUAAAGAGAAUGUCAUUAGCAUCCAAGACCAGCUUCAGCAGAUCGUGAGAAAACUUCAGGCCGAAUGUGAGAAACAAGAUCUGAUGCUGGAGGAAAGAAACAAACAGUUAAUCAAGGAGUGUAAUCGUUUAAAAGAGAGAAUGUAUUGGUACGAAAAUGAGAAAGCAGAAGGAGAAGCAGUUGUGAGACAACUUCAACAAGAACUGGAUGAUGCUGUAAAAAAGCAGUCUAUGUCGGAGGCUUCACUGAAAGUCAUGUCAUGUUAUUGUGCUAAGUUAGAAGCUGAGGCACAGGAUCUGAAGAACAAUUGUAAACUACUACAGCUACGUCAACUCACAAGUCAGACUGAUGAUUUUCUAGCAGAGCUGGAAACUGCAUUUUCAAAAUGUCUGCACCUGGAUGCAAAAAAAUCAAGUUUUUCAACAGGAGUUGUUAUCUAUGAAACGAAUGCAAAAGAAAUGCAAAAAACUAGAGAGAAGAAAAAGAAGGUGGAGCAAGAAGCAGUGACCCUCAGAAGUCAUAUAGAAAUGAAUAAGGCAGAACACAGUCAAGUAGAGCAGUAUCAACAGGAGACUGAAGAAAGAGCGAGACAGGAUCUCGUAGAGAAAUGA